UAGAGAGCCCCAUCGGCUCGGGCUGCCUGCAUGCCGGAGUUAAAAAGUGCUGCUGGCCGAGCGGGAGACUUAGUGCGAGGCAGGGAAGCUGAGCGGUGGGAGAAGGGGCUGGGGAGCCGUACCGCCGACCCGGGUGAGGCUCGGCCACGCCGCCCCUGCGUGCCGAACUCCUUUGAGACUGCAAAGACUUUUUAAAGAAGGAGGACGGCAUGACAUUGGAUUCAGUGCAGUAAAGCAGGUUACUUUGAGAACAAGACAAAAAGUAAUUAUUUAGACUUCCUUGUGUUGCCAUGAUGAGAACUUACCAUUGCUUCUGGCUGCUGUUUUGGGCUAGUCAGCCCCAUCAAAGCUUCUUAACUCCGUUAUCCAAAAGGACUAGUGGCUUUCCAGAAAAGGAAAAGGUUUUGGUAUUGUCUGGAAACAGCAGGCAAGACCUCCAUCGUUCCAAAAGGAGCUGGAUGUGGAAUCAGUUCUUUUUAUUGGAGGAAUACACAGGAACUGACUACCAGUAUGUUGGCAAGCUGCAUUCAGACCAGGAUAAAGGAGAUGGAUCACUUAAAUACAUCCUUUCUGGAGAUGGAGCAGGAGACCUCUUCAUUAUCAACGAAAACACUGGUGACAUCCAGGCUACAAAGAGACUAGACAGGGAAGAAAAGCCUGUAUAUAUACUCCGUGCCCAGGCUGUAAACAGAAGGACUGGAAGACCAGUGGAACCAGAAUCUGAGUUCAUCAUUAAGAUCCAUGAUAUCAAUGACAAUGAGCCAAUGUUUACAAAGGAUGUUUACAAUGCCAGCAUUCCUGAAAUGUCAGAUGUUGGUACCUUUGUUGUGCAGGUCACCGCAACUGAUGCUGAUGAUCCUACAUAUGGGAACAGUGCUAAAGUUGUCUACAGCAUUCUCCAGGGACAACCAUAUUUCUCUGUCGAAUCUGAAACAGGCAUUAUUAAAACUGCUUUGCUAAACAUGGACCGUGAAAAUAGAGAGCAGUACCAAGUGGUCAUCCAGGCUAAAGACAUGGGAGGCCAGAUGGGCGGAUUAUCGGGAACCACCACUGUGAACAUCACGUUGACGGACGUAAAUGACAAUCCACCUCGCUUCCCCCAGAGCACAUAUCAAUUCAGAGCUCCUGAGUCUAUGCCACUAGACUCACCAGUUGGCAGGAUAAAAGCCAAUGAUGCUGACAUGGAUGAAAAUGCAGAAAUUGAAUACAGCAUCACUGAGGGGGAUGGAUAUGACAUGUUUGGAAUUACCACAGACAAGGACACACAGGAAGGAAUUAUAACUGUGAAAAAGGCGUUGGAUUUUGAAAAUAAAAACUUAUAUAUUCUCAAAGUGGAAGCUGCAAAUACUCAUGUAGACCCUCGAUUCCUGUACUUGGGGCCAUUCAAGGACUCAGCUACAGUCAGAAUUCAGGUGGAGGAUGUAGAUGAACCCCCUGUGUUCAGCAGACCAGCAUACAUAAUGGAAGUGAAAGAAGAUGUUCCAAUAAACAGUGUAAUAGGAGCAGUAACUGCUCAGGAUCCAGAUGCUGCCAGGAACCCUGUCAAAUACUCUGUAGAUCGUCACACUGAUAUGGACAGAGUAUUCAACAUCAAUUCAGGAAAUGGUUCGAUAUUCACUUCAAAACCUCUUGACCGGGAAACACUGCUGUGGCACAACAUUACAGUAAUAGCAGCAGAGAUCAACAACCCAAAACAAAGCAGCCGUGUUCCAGUGUUCAUUAAGGUUUUGGAUGUAAAUGACAACGCUCCAGAGUUUGCCAUGUUUUACGAAACCUUCGUCUGUGAAAAUGCAAAAGCAGAACAGCUGAUACAAACAUUAAGUGCUGUUGAUAAAGAUGACUCUUACAAUGGACAUCAGUUUUCAUUCUCCUUAGCUCCUGAGGCAGCCAGCAGCUCAAACUUUACACUACAGGACAACAGAGAUAACACAGCAGGGAUUUUCACCCGAAAAACCAGAUAUAACCGGCAUGAAACGAGUACCUACUUCUUGCCAGUGGUAAUAUCAGACAAUGAUUACCCUAUCCAGAGCAGCACUGAAACAGUGACUAUUCGAGUAUGUGCUUGUGACCAUCGAGGCAAGAUGCUGUCCUGCAAUGCAGAAGCCUUGAUUCAUCCUACUGGUCUUAGCACUGGGGCUCUUAUUGCCAUUCUUCUCUGUAUCAUUAUAUUACUUGUUACAGUGGUGCUGUUUGCAGCACUGAGACGGCAGAGGAAAAAAGAGCCUUUGAUUAUUUCCAAAGAAGACAUCAGAGACAACAUUGUCAGUUAUAACGAUGAAGGUGGUGGAGAGGAAGACACCCAGGCAUUUGAUAUUGGCACACUGAGAAAUCCUGAAGCCAUAGAUGAUAAUAAAUUGCGCAGAGACAUUGUGCCCGAAACACUUUUUAUACCACGGCGGACUGCAACAGCGCGGGAUAACACGGAUGUCAGAGAUUUCAUUAACCAAAGGUUAAAGGAAAAUGAUACAGAUCCAACAGCCCCCCCAUAUGACUCAUUAGCAACCUACGCAUAUGAAGGUAAUGGUUCUGUUGCUGAGUCCCUCAGUUCCUUGGAGUCGGUGACUACAGACGGAGAUCAGGACUACGAUUACCUCAGUGACUGGGGACCUCGGUUUAAAAAGCUGGCAGAUAUGUAUGGUUCAAUGGACAGUGACAAAGACUCUUAAUAUGUUACCUAUUUUUCUUUCUUUCUUUUUAUUUCCUGUCCUCAUUUUCAGAAACAGCGUUGGGAUAUGUGAAGUGGCUAUUUCUUUCUAUUUCUCCACAGUGUGAACGGGGUUCUCUAUUCUACCCGUUUGAAUUGUCUAAUGACAGCAGUCUGUGUGGCUUAGCCAUCAGAAAACUUUCUCUAGUAUCAUUUUUUGAGCUUCCAAGAGGCAAAAUCCUUAUUUUUUAGUGCACCCAGUUUACCAGGCUAGUCUUACAGGCACAGCAGUAGUGGAGGGGAAAGAAAGGAUCAGAUGGGGAGCAAUAUUUUUACUUGUUCUGCUUAUAUUGUAAAUUGGGAUAUAUUACUGUUUAAGCUCACUUGCUCUUCUUACUUGUAUUCAGACUACUCAGCUCAGACAAUUGCUCUGUCGAUUGUGUAUUGCACAUCCCAUUGUAAUGAGGUACCCUAGUUUACCCUAUGUAUUAUAGUUAAAAGUAGUGGUGAUGGAACGAAAGUUUAUUAUACAAGUAAGAGUAAGCCAAGAAAAAACAUCAAACACGCAUUUUACUCAUGGAGGUGGUAGAAAGGCUUAAUGGUCAUUUAAACCUAAGUGUUUCUCUAGAACAUACCAUUGCCCCCAUUGCACUGAAUCAUACUAACACACACAUAUAUAUAGUUCAUUGACUUCUCUGUAUAUAUUCUUCUGACCUAGCAUUGCUGGAGAGAUGUGUGUGCGUGCACGUGUGUGUGGUCAGUAACCCCAGUAUCUAAUUCUUAGAUGAUUUCCCAAUUCUAACCCAGACCUGCUUUGCGAUACCUGGAAAGUCAUCAAAUCCAACCACAGAUUAGGUCAUGACUUGGACAAAGGAACAGAUCAUAAAUGUGCUUUUGUUUGCACUUCUUCAGUCGGCCUCCACCUGCACAUCAUUUCAGUGAUGGCCACUGCACUGGGGAGGUGGGAGUCAGGAUGUUCAUAUCCAGCUACUUCUACCUGUUCUCAUGUGCAGAUGGGGAGGAGUGGCCUCAAAGUGACUGCCACCCACUAGAGCAAACAGAGCUAUUGCAGAGGAGGAAACAGUGCUUUUUUUGUCCUCACCUUCUCUACCUGGAUGCCCAGGGCCGAUUCCUGACUUGACUCUCUGCCCAGUUAUGCUAUCUGUAAAAUGGGGAAGUAAUGCCUACCUCAUCAGGAUGUUGCAAGAACUAUGUAAGUCAUUUGGAAAAUGCUUUAAAAGUGGAAAACGUUGGCAUUCUACUGGAGGAAGUAAAUUGUCAAGGGUUUGGGUUGUUUUCUUUUUUUUUUUUUUUUCCUUCCAGAUUCAAGCCCUGAAUGCACAGGGCUUGUGAGAAGUGAGAAUUAAUUGUCAUUCCAGUGGCCUGAAAAAGUAGGGUUUAUAACUAUAACUCAUUUUUUAAAGUAAACUACACAGCCAAGUUUGUUAAAGACUUCACCAAAAGGUAAAAUUUUAAUCACAAGUGUCACAUUAAAAGGGGCAGAAGAAUUUUUGUAUUUUCAUAUUCAUAUUCUAUGUUCUAGAUGGUAGAGCAUAGUUCUGUGGUAAUUUAGUUUUAAGGUACUGUCAGCAGAAAAGCUGUAAUUGUAUUGCUGGUGGGAUCAUAGGUAAAAUUGACUAGAUACCACCAGGAUUUAAUUUUUUUUAAUAUAUAUAUUUUUUUAAAUUAAUUGUUUUAUUCCAAAUCAUGUUUUAAAUUUUAAUAGGUAAGGUGUUUUUCCUUCACCUUUCUUUUAUGAUAGUAGUUGUUAUUGAUUGUAUCCAUCAGUGUUUCUGGCUGCGUCUUAGAGUCAAAGAGACAUUGGUUUGGAUGAUGCUAAAUGCAUCUGUGAUUGACUGAUGAUCUUUUUUUUCUUUUUUUUUUUUACCAAUUCCCUCUCGUGAUAACAGAUUUGUUAAAGGCCAUUGAUUAGUUCCCAAAGUUAAAAGGGAAAAGUUGUAGAUGGUUGUUUCGAUUUACUUAGGCCAGUGGUAAUCGUAACCAGUUUAUUAAUAUAUUAAUAUUUGAGAACUCAAGUUAUUAGAACUUUCAGUCCUGUUCUCAGGAUAUUAAUUGCAUUCUACAUAUAAGGUUGUCAGAGAUGGUGUAAUUGUGGAAAUACUAUUUUGUAUCAACAGCUUGACUCAUUUGAGAAUUGAAGACCCAAGCUCACUUGAGAGUUGGGGUCUGUUUAAAGGUAUAUUUUAAAGUUAUGUUAGUAUUCAUGCUUAAAAAAGUAGGCAUAUCUAUUUUUUCUUUUUUAGUAUAGUUUACAACAAGGCGUAACAUUGUUGUCAUGCAUUUAGAGCAUUACUUUUAAUUUAGUAUCCUAUUGAGAUGAUGUUUUUGUUAAUUCCUUUUAGCGAUAGAAAGUGUUGAUUUCCAUUCUUCUUUGUGAUGGUCCAUUUCUGUUUACAAAAACUAGUUUAAGCAGAAGUAUACUUAGAAGUACACAUUUUUUAUUUAUGAUCACCCCAUCACACAUAAAUUUUAUAAAAUUAAAUGAUAACUUUAUACCUUGUUUCUGUUAUAAACAAGAUGAAAGCAUAGGUUGUGUUAAAGUAAAAUUGGUUUUCCCCUUUUUUUUUCUUCAGUGGGUGAAUUACUCUUAUCACAUUCUUUUAACAAUGUUUGAUUAAGCAUAGAUAAGAGAAGUAAGGUAAAGUAAAAAGUACUUAACAGAAUAUAAGUAUUUCUUAAAAAUUGGUUAUAGGGUUUUUUUAUUAUUAUUUUAUUUUAUUUGCAGGUCUUGUUUGCAUUCUAUAGUUGCCUUUCCUUUUAGACAGGAAGAAAAAAUUAGUUAAAUCAUUUUAAUAAAUCCAGAGUCUCCUGACGAAGACUUGAAAAGUUAAUACAUAUUUAUAUAAUUUCAGACAUGCGUAAAUCCUGGUAUUUACUUCCAAGCUGAAUUGGUUGAAUUUUUAAAUUUUUUAUUUAAUUGAAAUAAAGUUAUAUAUUCAUAAGGUAAAAGUUUUUUCCACCCUAUUCUCAUAUUUAGUAAAGGGAAAAGAAAAGACAAAGUAAACUUAUUAAAAUUUAAACUAACAAUACAUAAAAUGGUUUGUUUUAUAUAACUUGGUUAAUAGUUGGUCUUCCAACAAAUGGUUCUUGAUGAAAACACAAACAAAUUACAAGAAUUAAUAAACUAAUAAUCUAAGUAAUUAUUAAAAGUUUCAUCGGUCUCAGGCAGUUCUGAUUCACUUGUAGCUUGUUCCUAUAAAAAGAUGAGGUGAAAAUUUGACCUACUAUAAAUUAAUCAUUAAAAAAAAACAACCAAAGGAAUAAUUCAUCGAGUGUAGACUUAGUUUCUGUGUAUAUUACAAAAGUGAAAAGAAUUUAAGAGAAAUUCGCUGGCAGUCUCUUCACUCAGUUGUCAGUGUGUGUGUUUGUGUUGCAUUCCUAGAGAAAGAGGAAAAGAACAAAAGAAAAAAACACAAGUCCCAAAGGGGUUUCUCUUACAGGUUAUCACUUAAUGAGUCAGGUUGUUUAACGCAGUGGUUAAAAGUCAAGCACUGAUGUUUAAUUCUUUGCAAUAAAACAGCUAGGUAAGAAAAACAAGAGGAAGUAUAAGAUCACAUUGUUUUUGCUGAAGUACGCUUUCUUCUUUUUAUGCAUAUUCCUGUGAAAUAGAAGGAAAGAAAAGAAAUAUGCUCGGUUCACUCUUGAACUAGUGAGGUUGGUUAGAAACAGGUGUUUAAGAUAAAAAAAAAAAUUCAACUUUGGCUUCACUAAGUGUUUGCCACUUAGUUUUGACAGUUUAGUCUCUGAGUUUGGGGGUGAAUCACAUCUUUGAUCAAAGGGAGUGAGUCUGCUUGUAAAGAUUCGACAGGAGUCACUGUUUGAGCUGGCUUUCUUUUAGGUUUUUUUGCAAGCUUCUGCUUCUCACCCUGGAGCCAUGAAUUAGCUUUAUCAAUUUCGUAGGUAACACUUGUUCCAUUCAGUUUACUCCAAUGGCUGGAUGCUGUCUGGAAAGUGGAUGCAGCUUCUCAGCAUCCCACUGCCUUAGCAUUGACUGGAUUUCAGUCUCUCUUGAUUUAAGGUCAGAUUUUGAUAGUUUAAUAGCAGUCAAAAAAUUAGUAUGCAGUUUUUUGCAGCAAAAGGUAAUCCACAAUUUUGUCUUUACAUUUUUUUCCCAGACAGACAGGAAAAUUAACAAAGCCUGAGUGAGUGAUAAAAUUUUUUCUUUGAGAGUUGCUACCACCCCGUGAAUACCUAAGUAGGCUUGGUGUAUUUUAGUUGUUAAGUUCACGAUAUUAAGCACAGCAGCUGCUAUUAGAAAUGCGUUGGCACACAAGUGCCUGUAAUAAAGAGUUAAUAUUAAUUGGUUUUCUGAGUUCGUAUCAACUACGAAAAUUCUGUUUCACCCUGCAGAUGCAGAGUUUUUAAUCACAAGGCUAGAAGCAAACAACUGUUUAUUUAGGUGGAUUUUAGUAGCUUGGCAAACACUAACUUUAGUGAGUCUAACACUUUGUAUUUUUUUCUUUAAUGUAUGCACAUUCCACAGCUUUGUUUGAUUGUGUUUAACAGCAAGCAGUUUCGCUGGCAGGUUUUUUUUCUUUUUUAGCAUAUAGCACCUCUUUUACCUGCAGCUCGUUUUGUUCGAAGUCUCCUGUAGCGAGUGAAAAUUUAAGGUUGUUCACUUCAGUUCUAAACAACUUGUUUAUAGCAGCAAGUUCAGAAACUGAAGUUUUCAGUUGUUCUCCUGUUUCCCCUCUUAUGGGUUACCAAUAACUUUAAUACUUGAUUUUCUGAUUUCAAAACCACAUAUUCAACAUCACUAAUCAGUUUAGAAGGAGGUAAAUUUUUAGAUUUUUUGUUGUCCACAAAACACACUUUUUGUUCCAAUUGUAAUUCCAGUUUCUCUGUAUUUUCUUGCAUUUUUGCCACCUCUGUUGGAGAGCAGGAAUCAUUGUGCAAAACACUACAUUCAUUUUCAUUAGAAUUACAGUUUUCUGUGGUUUUAUCAUAGCAAAGAUCUCCUUUCCAGAUUCCCAUAUCUGGAUGAGUUAUUGACUUUUGAGGCUGUUUGGCUCCAACAACCAAUUUGGUUGUUUGUUUUUCUAGCAGUUGUUUCUCUUUGCAGUUCACAAGCAGAGUUUAAGGUGGUCCAUGCAUUUCACAACUUUUCCUUUAGCUUUUUUAAACAUUUCAGUGCACUCUUUCUCCACUUGGGAAGAGGUAAAUCUGCAUUUUUGCAGAAGAAUAUUCAUGACACCCCACUUUCUUGGUACCAUUUUCUGUCA